AUGCUAUAUAUAUCAUAUAUAUUAUAUGCUACAACAGAUUCUGAAGAAUAUUUAUCUGAACCUCUGAGGUAUAGGAACUUCCAAUACUCGGCACAGUCCAGUAUCUCUAAUAUAACUUUAUCAGUUCAAAAUUCAAGAAUUGAAGAAGAAAAUGGCAACUGUUUCCCACAGAUUCUCAAUGGACCUAUAUCAUUUAAUAAUAUACAGAUUCCCAUUGUAGGAUACGAGAUUAUGGAAGAACGUGCUAGAUUUACAGUAUAUAAACUAAAAGUAGAAAACAAAGAAACUGGUGACUUUUGGUACGUCUUCCGGCGUUACACUGACUUCGUUCGUCUGUGUACUAGAUUAAGAACCAAUCAUCCUAACAUAGUACAACAUUUACCAAGGAAGAGAUGGUUAAAGAACAACUUCGAUCCUAUUUUUUUAGAGGAGAGAGUCAACGGUCUCCAGACUCUCGUCAAUGCUAUCUUAAGUGUACCUGAACUCAUCGCGUCUCAAGAAAUACAGGACUUCUUUUGUCUAAACGAACCUCCUGUGUAUUCGGAAACUAGCGAAGAAACCAAAGCAAUAUUCGAGGCCUUAGAAGAAACCAUUAGUUAUCUGAAACAACAAGUCCGCGAAAAAGAUGCUUCCCUGGAUUCCUUAGAAGAAAAAUUACAUUCCUUAUCAACAGAAAAUGAAAAUUUAAGAAAACUUAUUAGCAAUUCAAUGAUGAGCUGUCAGAAAUGUCAGAAGGAGUGCGAGAAUAUCCAAUAUAUAGCA